AUGGUGACGCUGACCAGUCCAAGACAGCCCACGGUGACACUGACCCAUGACACCCACACCCUCAGCGCCUGGCCCCGCCACCCGCAGCCUGUCUCCCUGUCUUGUGACCUGUGCCCUGGCUUCCGCAGCCAUGCCCGCCACGGCCCCCACACAGGGGUCCUCCCCCCGUCCACCACAGCACCUCUGAGAUGCCAGGUACGGUUCUCGGUACUGCGGAUACAACCGGACUCACGCGGGUUAAAACCCCUGCCCAAAGGAGCACCCGUCCUCCCGGAGGAUCGGCACCUGAGCAAGGAGCACAAGCAGAUGCUGCCCCCCCCGCCCCCUGGACCCCCGCCAGCGGAGUGGAAGGGCAGUCGCCGGCUCGGCCAGCGGAGCCUGCCGCCGCUGCAACGCACGAACCACGGCGCCGCCGGGUCUCCAGGGCCCGGGGCCCAAGGCGGAUCACCGAGCUGGGGGCCCACAGGCCCAGAGCGCCGAGCCCAGCAUGAGGCAACGCGGCCACCGACCUUCCCAAGGGCGCUGGGCCACGACGAAAACCCUAAGCAGCUUCCCGAGAGGAGCCAAAGCCCAACCGAAGGGCCUGCGGCAUCCCCUCCCACAGCCGCGCCGAGCCCGAGCCCUGAGCCCGCAGGGACCAGCCAGGUAUGCCACCGGGCCAAGUGGCGGCCGCCCGCUCCGUUCCCAACCGGGACUGGGCUCGGGCCACGGACCCCGGGACCGGAGCAGCUCUGCUGCGGACCCGACCCUUGGGCUCCCCAGCGGCUGGGCGGGCGCAGCGCUCCUCGAGAAACAGCCCUAAGGGGCCCCACGCCGCCCGCGGGGCUUCAACCCCGGAAUGCAGGCCGCCCAGAGCCACCUGGGGGGGAGCGGGAGGGGGGAGCUGGGGGGCCGCGGUUCCUGCCAGGCGCUCAGACCCCCCGGCUCGGCCGCAGGCUGGAUGGGGCAGCGCAGGGCCAGCAGGGCCCACGGUGGGUGACCCCCCCACCCCGUGCGAGCCCCCAGCCCGGCCACUCAGCCAAGUGCCCCUGGCCACCAAGGGCGGCAGCCACGCACAUCCCCGAGGGUGUCGUGCGGCCACACUGCUCCACUAAAACCAUAAUCGGGUGUACCCGGGGGCUCAGCAGUUGA